GAGACGAGCAGCAGCUGCGAGACUCAUCUCCGAGGACUUCCCACUCGCCUUUUCCUCGCAGACGCGCCGAGGAUUUAAACUGAAGACGCUUUUUGCGGGAGCGCCGAAGCCGAGACGGACCUCGCCCGAAGCGAGCGGCUGUGUUUUGAGGCAGGAGGGCGUGCGUGAGCGGGGCUUGUCCAGCGUUUCAUGUGGGUGUUGGGUGGGCUCCAGCCGCUCUGAGGAUGGGAUGCACGCUGAGCACCGAGGACAAGGCGGCGGUGGAGCGCAGCAAGAUGAUCGACCGGAACCUGCGGGACGACGGGGAGAAGGCGGCGCGGGAGGUCAAGCUGCUGCUGCUCGGUGCUGGUGAAUCAGGGAAGAGCACCAUCGUCAAGCAGAUGAAAAUCAUCCAUGAGGCGGGCUACUCCGAGGAGGAGUGCAAGCAGUACAAGGCCGUGGUCUACAGCAACACCAUCCAGUCCAUCAUCGCCAUCAUCAGAGCCAUGGGCCGCCUCAAGAUCGACUUCGGCGACGCGGCCCGAGCGGACGACGCCCGGCAGCUCUUCGUGCUGGCCGGCUCGGCGGAGGAAGGCUUCAUGACGGCGGAGCUGGCAGGCGUCAUCAAGCGCCUGUGGAAGGACGGCGGAGUCCAAGCCUGCUUCAGCCGAUCCCGCGAGUAUCAGCUCAACGACUCUGCGGCAUACUACUUGAACGAUCUGGACCGGAUUUCCCAGACCACCUACAUCCCCACGCAGCAGGACGUCCUGAGGACCCGGGUGAAAACCACUGGCAUCGUUGAGACUCAUUUCACCUUCAAGGACCUGCACUUCAAGAUGUUCGAUGUGGGCGGUCAGCGGUCGGAGAGGAAGAAGUGGAUCCACUGCUUCGAGGGCGUGACGGCCAUCAUCUUCUGCGUGGCCCUGAGCGACUACGACCUGGUGCUGGCUGAGGACGAGGAGAUGAACCGUAUGCACGAGAGCAUGAAGCUGUUCGACAGCAUCUGCAACAACAAGUGGUUCACCGACACCUCCAUCAUCCUCUUCCUCAACAAGAAGGAUCUGUUCGAGGAGAAGAUCAGGAAGAGUCCGCUCACCAUCUGCUACCCGGAGUACGCCGGCUCCAACACGUACGAGGAAGCCGCCGCCUACAUCCAGUGUCAGUUCGAGGACCUGAACAAGAGGAAGGACACCAAGGAGAUCUACACCCACUUCACCUGCGCCACCGACACCAAGAACGUGCAGUUUGUGUUCGACGCUGUCACCGACGUCAUCAUCAAGAACAACCUGAAAGACUGCGGGCUCUUCUGAGGACGGCGGCGAGGCGUUGGCUGAGGAGCUUCUGUGGUGGGAGGACCGAGCGAGUCGGGAGGGUCAUCCUGCUCUACCGUACACCCCUUUCAACAGCUUUAUUUACGUCCUCUUUUCUGAACUAGCGAUCCAUCCGUGUUAGGACGUGCGUGUCGCCGUGGAAGCCUCAUCGUAGACCUUUUUCUUUUCACGCCCAUUUGCCUGUGUGGGGGGGUAGUGGGGGGUUCUGUGGGUUCUUC